AUGACUUCUGCCGAUAUUAGCGAUGUACGGAGCCGCGCCGAGGUCGCCACGUACGACGUCUCUGAGGCCUGUGGCCUCCUCAUCUACCAAGCCCUGCGCAUCCUCCGAGGCCCCUUCGCCCCGUACAUCAUUCCCGAUGUUGAGAGCCGGUUUUCCGCUGUCAAGGGGCUGCCGGCGAGACUUGGGAGAAAGAAGAUUGGAUUUGGGGGAAGAGAGGCGGGGGCGGGCAAAACUUUCCAAUGA